AUGAAGAUGUUUCUCUUACUAGUGAAUCUUUAUCUGCUUGGAUCUGCCAGAGGAUCAUCAGGUCAACCUGAUGAGCUUCCUGGCUCUCUGGAUCAUCAAGCUUCAGUUCAGCAACUUUCAGGUGAUUACUUUUCACUUGCAAAUCUUUCAGAAUGUGAGGCUUUGUACAAGACUGCUUCAGGUGAGAACGCCUUUAGCGAGCAUGCUGCAGUUGAGCACGCUUCAGGUGAGCACACUGCGGUUGAACAUGCUUCAGGUGAACAAGCUGUGGCUGAACACGCUUCGGGCGAGUACGCUUCAGGUGAGCAUGCUGCAGGUGAACACGCUUCCAGUGAACAACCUUCAGGUGAACAGUCUUCAGUUGAAAAGCCUGCAGGUGAGCAGCCUUCAGCUGAACAGCCUUUGGGUGAACAGCCUUCAGGUGAACAGGUCGCAGGUGAACAGUCAUCAGGUGAAGAUCCUUCAGGCAUUCCACCUUCAAGCACAGUUUCAGGCCCGGCAUUAAAUUGCCACACAUGCUCUUUUAUGAAUGAACAAGGAAAAUGUCUUCGUGGAGAGGGAGUCUGCACUACUCAGAAUUCCCAGCAGUGCAUGUUAAAGAAGAUCUUUGAAGGUGGAAAACUUCAAUUUAUGGUUCAAGGGUGUGAGAACAUGUGCCCAUCUAUGAACCUCUUCUCCCACGGAACCAGGAUGCAAAUCAUAUGCUGUCAGAACCAGUCUUUCUGCAAUAAGAUCUAGAAGACUGUGCCCUUGCUUCUUGCUCCAUCACCCUGCUGGUCUCAAUUUAUACUUAGUUUCUACUUCACUCAACAACGGAUCACAUCUUCCUCUGCCUGAGUGUUGGGCAAGAUGCUUAAAUAUCUUCUCUUCUCUCUCCUAUGCCCUGCUACCCAUUCUUCUAUGCCCUCUGUCUUCCCUAUUCUCUUACCCAACUCUUAGCAUUCUUUUCUUUUUCAAUAAAUUCUGCAUGACUAAAAGAUGUAGACAUUAGAUAGACGUCUUUUCCUGUCAGCAAGUGGCAAGGUCACCCUGAGCUUCUUUCCACUCCACACAUUAAAGUGGGUGCAUUUUUUG